AUGUCUGCAUCUACAACACUCCAGCUCUCCCUCCCCAUGGAGCAGGGCCGCGUCGGCAAACCCCGUCUUGACCCCUACAGCCGCCUUCUCUCCCGCUUCUAUGAAGCCCUCUUCCUCCUCCACAGCCUUGACCCCACGCGUGCCCUGCACGCGCCGCACCCCAUCUCCCGCUGUCCGGAGCGCGAACUGCGCAGGGAGUUUAUGCGCGACCUUGCUUUUAUAUGUGACGGGCAAAAGGGACCGCUGAUGUUUACCGCAAUUGGGGUUGCAGAGGUAGAAGAGGGAGGUGAGGUGGUGUUUUUCGUGGCAUCGAAAAAGUCGAGAAAGUGCAAAAAGAUGCUGGAGAGAUCACUGACGAUGCUGCUGCAGUAUGCGACCGCGGCUAAGGAGAAGGAGCCGGAUUUUCGCCAGAGGUUUCUGGAACAUUGCGUGGGCCAUGCGAGGAUGCGCAUCAACACGUACAUAUCCGAUUUGAGAGUGGCUAUUCCGGCCUGCAUUCGAGAGUCGAAAAGCUCGGGCCGGCCAGUUGAUGAAGAGUUCAUCAACUGGCUACGGCUACUCCUACUGAGAGAUGAAGACACAACCGCUAGUCAUCUCAAAGUGUGCCUUGAAAUCUGUCGAGCCUCCACGUCAGAAAUGAUGAUGGCAAGAAUGCAGCAGGAGGAGCAGCUGCAGCACCGCAGCUAUGCCUCUCAGGGUCUGCCUCACGACCAGAGCGGCUGCUUCGCCAGAGCAAGACACGCCAUCGGCCGUCUCUCUGCCCGCAUCAGAAAGCCCCUCUCGUUGCUGCUUAACACUUCGCUGAUGCAGGAUAUUCUCGCUCGCGCGCGCGUCGAGGCCAUCACUUCUCUUCCCUGCGUUCUCAAGCCUGAGGCCGACCACCAGACCACGCUACCGCGGAUCCUGCGUCGCAUGUUCCGCCCCAGCGACGACGAGGAUCUCCUUCGUACGCAAAAGAUCUUAGUGCAAAUGGAGCAGGACUCUGCCAUUCGACCGUUGACGCGCUACAUGGACGCCAACCGCACAUGCAGCCCGUCGGUGCACAGCGAAAUUGAGGUCUUGGAGUACUUUUACAAACACAAGCUCAAGUUUCUCGACGACGAUCGGUACGUGUACUCUAGUAAGCCUGCGUGUUUUGCCUGCAAGCUGUACUUCACCCACCAUCCCGCCAAGAUGGUCGUUCCGGAAUCUCACGAAAAGGUCUACCUCAACUGGGGUCCGCCCGUGACUGCAAAUUUCCGGAAGGGCGACCCCGCGUCGAAUCGACAACGGGAUUUGAUGAUUAAGAUUACGCAGGCGGUAAGGGAUGAGGCUCUCGCGCAGAUAUGGGGGAGAAGUCAGCCGCCGGGAUGGCACGCAGAUACCACAACGGGCGUGGCGACGCUGCCGCCUUUAGAGGAUGGUUUCUACAAGGGUUGUUUUGCGCAUAGGGAGCAGCAGUCCUCUGCUUUUGGGGCAUACGAUUCGGGGUUUGAGUCGGCAGCAGAGCGCGAGUUGUUACAUGCUAUGGAGCAGAGGGAAGAGAAGAAAGUAGAACUGGGGCUUCAGGGACAGGAUACCGGGGGUCUAAUUGGUAUGCUGAACGAGGUGCAGGAUGAUGUGCUGCAUGAGGAGAGACUUUCACAGACUUGUAGCGGCAACCAGGAUACAGAUGACGAAGAAGUCGGCGCACUAUUGUAG